GUUUACAUUUACAUGUCAAAAAUGUUUUGCAUUGGAUCCGUGUAUGAUUUUUGUUGCGGAAAUUUCGAUAUAUUAAUGUAAAUAUUUAAUUAAAAAGGCGUUUUUCACACAGUCCUCUCAUCAACCUGGAGUCUGAAGACUCUUAUUCAACUUCAACAACUUCAUUUAAUUAAAAAUAUUUUGUCUUUAUGGCUCCUACUCAAACAGAGAAUGCCUCUAAGCAGAAGCAAGUUUCUGCAGCGAGGGAAAAAGUUCUAAAGAUUAAGCGCUCCAUUUUAAAAAUAGUUGAAGACAUGCUAGAAGAAGAAAUUUCAGUAGAUUGGUUCCUUCAAAAUUGUUCUAAAUUAUGUCGAGGGGAUUAUGAUGAUGUUAUUCAAGAAAGAAGCAUUGAGCAUAUGUGUGGAUAUCCUCUCUGUCCAAAUCCUAUAAAACAGAUUACUAAGCAAAAAUUUCACAUUUCUUGCACAAAUAACAAGGUCUAUGAGCUUAGUGAAAGAAAAUGUUUUUGCAGUAAUGAGUGCUAUAAGGCUUCCAACUUUAUAAAGCACCAACUUUCUUCACUUCCGUUGUACAUGAGGAAAGAUUCUCCAUCACUUAACCUUCUAUCAGAGGGAGAAAACAAGGGCAGUGCAGGGGAAGAAGUAAUUUUUCAAGAAGUGCUAAGUGAAAAAGAAAUCGAAACUGCAGCAAGUAUUACUCCACAUCCUACUAAUAAUUUUUCAAAAAUGCUUCAAGAAGAACUGAAACAUUGUGCCGAGAGCCUUGAAGGUCUACAAAUAAAAGAAAAGAUUUAUGAAAAACCUUACAUUUUUGAAAAACAACAAAAAGCACCAAAGCAUGAAUCCUUGAUUGAAUCAGAUGAGGAUGAUGAUUAUCAGUUUAAUGACGACAGUGACGAAGGAGAUAAAGACUUUUUCCCAGAAUAUGACAAAGCUUUCUUAUCCCAAAGAACAAAUGCAAGUGGGAAAAAGGCUGUGUUAAUAACACCUAAUAAGCCCUGUGACAAAACAACACUGCUACCAGCAGAGGUGUCUAGGGAAUUUAUUGAAAAGAUUUUUGAAGAUUGGAUGACGGAAGACACAAUGAAAUACCUUCUGGGAGAGAGAGAAUUUUAUGCAGCUAAAGCUGAUGUGCUAUUUCAGAGAGUUAUGUCAUCUGAUCCCAAAAAUACGAAAAAGCUAAUUUCUACAAAGAAUGAAUACAUUGAUCUUUGUUUGAAACUGGACAAUUUUCCGGAUGAUGAUUGUUUUGAAGUCGAAUGCAACGUAACUGAUUCAGCCUUUUUGAAAACUGAAAAAUCAUCACCAGAGGAUGCAAAAAAUACUCCUGUUGACACAAAACAUACUGCAAGCAUAAAAACUGAAGAUGAUACAAAUGUUUCUGAACAGAGUUCUGAAAAAUCAGUUAAUCAAAACAAGCAAGCAAAAAACAAGCCUAGGAGAAAGUCAAAACAUAAAAGUAAAGGAGUAACUUUUGCAUCAGAUGUAAAACCUCCUAACAGCGCUGCUACAGAGUCAAGAAACAGUGAUAAGGAAUUGGAUGAUACAUCACAUGAUCCAGUUGUGCCUCUAGUAGAAUCUUUAUCUCAAAAUGCUCUAAGAAGACAAGUUGUCCUUGAAAAACUAAAACCAAUAUAUUACGAUGUACUUCCAAUAGCCAAUUUUCAUUAUACAGACAUCCGUGAUUCAUUAAAGGACAUAUUGAAAACAUUUAGCUUUACUCCAACAAACAUCAUUUUCAAACCUAAAGAGUGGAAAAUAAUUGCUCUUUUCCUACAUCGAAUCUUGACAAAAACAGUACUAAAAAACCUUUAUGAAGAAACAAAAUUCAAAAAAUUGUUUCAAGAGCUUAUGGUAUUUCACACUAUGUCCAUAGAAGAAUUUGAAGAUAUUGCGACAGAAAUCACAAGCCCACAACAACUCCAUAAACUUCAAAAUUGUUAAAAUAUGUAUAUAUUUUAUUAA